AUGAUACACAGCUUUGGAAGCAAAGAGACCGCUACAGAGACUUUUACCUUCACCUUCUCGGCCGGCUCCUCUUUGAAAUUGUCCUUCGACUGGCCGUUGUCAGCGCCCAUCCCGCUGCAUCGGCCCUUCAAGCGACGCCGAGCACUAUCUGAUGUCGACGGUGAAGGAAAAGAAGGCCGGAAGAAGAGACGUCUCCGGUUACAUCUCAUCACAUCACGUCUCAGUCGUCCAUUUUCCGAACCGGCGUCGAACAUCGCAAACCGUGGCCUUUGUAAGAUCCCCGUCUGGGGAGCGAAAAACAAAGCACACGGCAAGAACGUGCUCAGGAAAGCUGCGAUCAUGAAUCGAGUACGGAGACGGAUGGACGCCGCAAAGGACUUCAUGCGUCUUGAGCAGGAGAGGAGAAGCAGGGAACGAUUGUCGCUGCGUGAGAUAGUCCUGCAAAAACCUCGAUGCUUUGACUUUCCUCUCCCUCCGUCACCACUGGGCUUAUCGAACUAUGAUGCCUUGGACUUGGACGACGACAUCUAUGACCAAGAAGACAACGAGGACGUUGACAAGGUGUCCACCAUCUACAGCGACUUUAACAUUAUGAAUCCCACCAACUGCAGCGAGGGUGACGAUUACGACUACCUCGAUGCCUUGGAUGGGAUUUCACCACAAGAUUUGCCUGAUACUCCACCGGCACCACCAGAAGAAAGCCUUGCUGAGAUGCUGAGAGAGGAUAGCAAAGGAGAGAGUAUGUUUGUGCAGAUCAGAGAAUGA